AUGCUCAACAACCUCACACGUCGAUCCUCAGAAAUUCUGCGGGUAUUUUGGCAUGGUGCUUUGGUCAUCAGCAUUUUAUUGAACAUUCUCACCAUGUUGCGCUUGCAACCCCCGUCGGUUGAUGAUGGGCAGUAUACUUAUAUUGGCGAGGAUCAUCCAACAGAAUUACCCCUCCGCUUGGACACUGUUGCAUUAACAUUCAACAGUUCGGAACAUUAUGGUACAUCAGACAUCAUGGCCUGGUCAGACUGGAAAUCGCUCGAUCAUUUUCCACGAGGCCAGGGUUUUGUACGGCUGGGACCAAAUGGACGGCUAUUUGGGGUAUCCAUGUUUCACCAAAUUCACUGCCUGCAAAUGAUCCGGCUAGCCCUCAUCAAUGGGCCCAACGGUCACAGUGGUCAUUGCCUCAAUAUAUUGCGACAAGCAAUUCUUUGCAAUUCUGAUAUCACUCUCGAUCCACUUUUUACCGACCCUGAUGGAUCGAUGACAGCCACAGAUGGUUUGGGAGUGACGCAUUUUUGUCGGGACUGGUCGCAGGUUUAUGCCUAUGUCAUAGAAAAUCAGAAAGGUCCCAUGUGGGAAGAGUAG